GAGGGUUGGAGCAAGUUUGUCACCUGGCCAUUGACUUUCCCACUCGUUUUCUAUUUCUCAAUGCCUCGGUUCAAGAUGGAGGUGGUGACGGCAAUCGCGGCAUGGGCGUUUGCUGCGGCCUGUAACCAGUUGCCCAGUUCCGCUAACUGGCUUGACGGUCUCUGCCCCCUAGGCGACAAUGACUUUAAGUCGCUCGGAGGCAGGCUUUCGAACUCAUCCAAGGUGUAUUUCCCUGGAUCAAGUGGGUUCACCAAUGCGACGACACGGUGGUCGGUUUUGGAUGAGCCCGAGGUGAAUGUUGUCAUCGUGCCCGGGACGGAGGAUGAUGUGGCGGAGAUAGUCCGAUUCGCCAACAAGAAGGACAUCCCCUUCCUGACGUACAAUGGCGUCCAUGGGGCUCUCACCUCCUUGGGGCGAAUGACCCAUGGCAUCGCAAUCUACAUGGACCAAUUGAGCAGUGUCGAUAUCGCAACAGACGGGAAGACCGCCACGAUGGGUGGUGGAACCAUGUCCAAGACCGUCACGGACGAGCUCUGGGCAGCAGGAAAGCAGACAGUGACGGGAACUUGCGAAUGUGUCAGUCUGCUUGGACCCGCGCUUGGUGGCGGACAUGGUUGGCUGCAAGGCCACCAUGGACUUGUCUUGGACCAAUUCGUGUCUAUGAACAUCGUCCUCGCGAAUGGAACUUUGACCACUCUGGACUCUACCUCGGAGCUCUGGUGGGCAGUCAAAGGUGCAGGCCAUAACUUUGGCAUCGUCACAUCUAUUACGAUGAAGAUCUAUGAUAUUCAACAUAGAGAUUGGGCGAUCGACACACUAGUCUUCAGCGGUGACAAGGUCGGAGAGGUAUACCAGGCUGCCAACGACUACCUAGUGAAGAACGGCACCCAAGCCGCGGGGGUGAUCAACUGGUCAUACUGGAUGAACGAUGCAGACGCAGACCCGAAUAACCCUGUGAUUGUCUUCUAUAUCAUCCAAGAAGGCGUAACCACCGUCGACUCAAUCUACACCGAGCCAUUCCACGCCAUCGGACCCCUAUCCGCGACCCCCGAAUCAGGCACCUACAAGGACCUCGCCGCAUGGACCGAAGUCGCCGACACUUCCCCGCCCUGCGAAAAGGCCGGGAUGGCCAACCCCCGUUACCCCAUCUACCUCGAAACAUACGACAUCCUCGCCCAGCAGAAGGCAUGGGAUGUCUACGCGAACGCUACCCGCGGAUCGUCGGCCUUUAACAACUCCAUCUUCAUGUUCGAAGGAUACUCUGUCGGUGGCGUACACAAGAUCGAUAGUCGGUCGAGUGCGUUCGCCUUCCGGUCUGAGAAUCUACUUGCUGCCCCGCUGAUCAAUUACUACCCCGCGGGCGAGGACCUGGAGCAGAGGGCGACGAACCUGGGACAGGAGCUUCGGAAUAUUCUCUUCCAUGGCAGUGGGAGGGAGGAUCUUCGGGCUUAUGUCAAUUAUGCUCAUGGCGAUGAGACGCCUCAGCAGUUGUAUGGGAGUGAGAAGUGGCGUCAGCAGCGGUUGAGGACGUUGAAGGAGAAGUAUGAUCCUAAUGGGAAGUUUAGCUUUUAUGCACCUAUUCCGUGAGGCGGGUAGGUGAUGCUGGAUUUGCAUGGUUACGAUUUGGAAUGUGAAAUAAGAAAUUUAUGGAUGAUUGUGGUUUGGAUGUUGUUUCGAGAAUCGUGGCACCGGCACGUAUGAGCAGUUGCAAUCAUACUAGAAAAGGUAGCAGAGAUACCUCGUUCCUUCGAACCCUAUCCACCCCAAAGAUACACACCCCUUGUUUUGGAUCGGCGCUAUGUCUGACCCCAUCUUUUUAGCACCUUUAUUGAGC